AUGGGAAUUCCUAUGGAUAAGAAUAUCCACGCGCCUACUGUCCCCUCCGGUCCGACAACGACCGCGGGGACAGGGUUCAAAGAUCUGACUAAACACUCGAUGGUUGAGCUCAUGAACGAGAAAGAACGCAUCGAAACCGAGCUAUCAGCCUAUAGUGGUGUCCUUGCAUCUCAAGGAGUUACCAUGGACACAACCUUGACGACCUUUGACGGUUAUCCCCGCGACGACGUCGAUGUGGCACAAAUCCGUACCACUCGCGCUCGUAUUAUACACCUCCGAAACGACCACAAGGAAGUCAUGAAACAUUUGGAGAAAGGCCUACACGCACACUUUGAAAUUCUACAGCAGAGCCAAAACGCAACGGCAGACAACACCGCGUCCCUGCGGACCAUUCCUGUCUUGAACACCGCGUCAUCAGUGGGCACUGUCGAAACUCCCUUUGCGAAAGUCAAUAGUGUUGCGAGCGGCAGUCCCGCAGAUCAAGCUGGUCUCCAACCCGGCGACACGAUUCGCAGCUUCGGAAAUGUCAAUUGGGUAAAUAACGAGCGCCUGGCAAAGGUUGGAGAGGUUGUACAACAGAACGAAGGGCGACCGGUCGUGGUCAAAGUGGUACGGCAGAACGAGUCCGGACAAGGCAGCAGCGAGUUGCAUCUAAGCCUAACUCCUCGACGUAACUGGGGCGGUCGUGGUCUUCUAGGUUGCCACCUGACCACUUUCGUCAAGCGCCACUUGACUGGUGAAUUCGAGAAGAAGUACAUCGCCACUUUGGGCGUGGAAGUUCACCCUCUGGGUUUCACCACAAACCUGGGUGCUAUUCAGUUUGAUGUCUGGGACACUGCUGGUCAGGAGAAGUUCGGCGGUCUCCGUGAUGGAUAUUACAUCAACGGACAAUGUGGUAUCAUCAUGUUCGACGUCACAUCGCGUAUUACGUACAAGAACGUUCCCAACUGGCACCGCGACUUGGUUCGUGUGUGCGAGAACAUCCCCAUUGUUCUCACCGGUAACAAGGUCGAUGUGAAGGAGCGCAAAGUCAAGGCCAAGACCAUCACUUUCCACCGCAAGAAGAACCUGCAGUACUACGAUAUCUCCGCCAAGUCCAACUACAACUUUGAGAAGCCAUUCUUGUGGCUUGCUCGCAAGCUGGUCGGCAACCAGACCCUGGAGUUCGUUGCUGCUCCGGCUCUCGCUCCCCCCGAGGUCCAAGUCGACCCCGAGGUUAUGGCCAAGUACCAGCAGGAAUUGACCGACGCUGCUGCCCAGCCUUUGCCUGAUGAGGAGGACGCAGAUUUGCUGUAA